CAACAUUCAAAAUUUCUUAGGAUCACUUUUAACUAAGUUGGGAAGGGAUAAUGAAAUGUGAUGUUCACAAAUGAAGAGAUUGUGGCACCCAUUCUGUAUAAUGUGAAGCCAUGACUUUUAGAUAUUUUCUUUCAAGUUUCUCGCAUACGCCCUUAGCUCACACAAAAUUCUACCUUUGAAGAUUGGAUUUUGGCUUGAUUGUUUCUUUAUUGUAGGAACCACUGGAAGGCCGAAGGGAGUUACAAUAAGCCAUUCAGCUUUAGUUGUACAAUCUCUUGCAAAAAUUGCCAUCAUUGGCUACAGUGAGGAUGAUGUUUACUUGCAUACUGCUCCAUUGUGCCACAUUGGUGGUUUGUCCUCAGCCAUGGCCAUGCUAAUGGUAGGAGGUUGCCAUGUGUUGUUUCCCAAGUUUGAAGCUACGUCGGCGGUUGAAGCCAUAGAACAACACUCUGUGACUUCUCUAAUCACUGUCCCCACGAUAAUGGCAGAUUUGAUCACCCUAAUUAGGAAGAAGGAAACUUGGAAGGGAAAGGACAAUGUGAAGAAGAUACUAAAUGGAGGUGGGAGUCUGUCCGUUGAGCUUAUCAAAGAUGCUGCCAAAUAUUUCCCUAAAGCUAAGCUUUUUUCAGCUUAUGGGAUGACAGAGACAUGCUCUUCACUAACCUUCACGACCAUCUAUGACCCUACAAUUGAAACCCCCAGCCAGCUACUGGAGACAUCCUGUAAAACACAUUGCAAUUCCGUUCACCAACCACAAGGUGUUUGUGUUGGCAAGCCUGCACCACAUAUUGAAUUAAAGAUAUGCAUUGAUGGCUCAUCUAAUUUCGGAAGAAUUUUGACAAGAGGUCCACAUGUAAUGCAAAGAUAUUGGGAUCAUGAUCCAGAAAAGUCAUCAGACUCGGAUGAUGAGGCUUGGCUUGACACUGGUGACAUUGGACACAUCGAUAACUGUGGUAAUGUAUGGCUAAUUGGACGAAGAAGUGGUCGUAUCAAGAGUGGAGGGGAGAAUAUUUAUCCUGAAGAGAUAGAGACAAUCCUAUUACGACAUCAAGGAGUUAUUGCAGUCCUUGUCGUGGGAAUCCCAGAUACCCGCCUGACAGAGAUGGUGGUUGCAUGUGUCAAAUUAAGAGAAAAUCGGCAAUGGUCUGAUAAAAAAAGUGAGCAACCUGCUGAAAAUAAGCAGCUAUAUUUAUCCAGUGAAGUUCUCAGACAACAUUGCCUAGAAAAUAAUUUAACCGGGUUUAAAAUACCAAAAGUAUUUGUCAUAUGGAGUAAGCCAUUUCCACUCACCACAACUGGGAAAAUAAGAAGGGAUCAAGUUCAAAGAGAAGUUAUGUCUCACCUCAAAUCCCUGCCUAGCAAUCUCUGAUAACCCCGAUUUUAAGGUGAGCUUGGAAUAUACAGACUGCAGGAUCUUUCAAAAGAGGUUUUCUUGCCUUUUGGACCUAUCACUGAAACGUAAGUUUGGCUGCUUCAAGGGAACCAAAACCUCCCAGAUUUUAUUAAUACGCUAACUGCCUGCCUUGUAAUCACUGCAGGACUCU